ACAGAGAGAAACCCUCACAGAGAAACAGAGAAAGUAAGGAACUAAGAAAACUUCAGAGAUAAGCAAAAAAAAAUGGAGAAUUACCAAAACCCUAGUGAAGAAUAUGAGAAUGAAUCAUCAGAAGAAAUCAGCAGCUAUAAUUACUCAGAAUUCGCUUCUGCUGCUGCUGCUGAUCCAUGGGUAUUAAAAAAGAAGAAGAAGAAUCAAGUGUUCCUUGAAGGUUGUUAUAUAGAUGAAGAAGAUUCAUCAGAACGCGGUGGAUUAGUUUCAAGGACAAUGAGUUUGACUGAUGAAGAUUUAGAUGAAUUGAAAGGAUGUGUAGAUCUUGGAUUUGGUUUUAGUUAUGAAGAGAUUCCUGAACUUUGUAAUACUUUACCUGCUUUGGAGCUUUGUUAUUCAAUGAGUCAGAGAUUUAUGGAUGAACAUAGUAAGGGGAAUGAUAAUGGUGGCGGUUCUGUUACUGGGUCUCCGGCUAGAACUAGUUCUAUGAAUGGCUCUGAAUCAUCUUAUUCUCCUUCUGUUACUUCUGCUCCUGUUGCUAAUUGGAAGAUUUCUAGUCCUGGGGAUCAUCCAGAGGAAGUAAAAGCAAGGCUAAAAUUUUGGGCGCAAGCUGUGGCAUGUACUGUCAAAUUAUGCAGCUAAGAUUGCUGCGAAACCCCUGCAAAGGAGAGUGAUUGGUUCAUCGACGGUGGGAUUGAUGAACCGAUAAAUGCUUGAGAUCUUGGAAAGUCAGAUUAUGAAAUGCCAGAAUUUGUAGACUUUUCAAGAUGAACGAUGAUUCCCACAGAGUUCCUACAAGGUUCAUUUUCUUGGAUAACAGACUUGCUAGAUGGAUGAGAGAGUCAAUGAGAGUUGAGAGACAAUGAUGGUGGGUUCUAUUAACUAUCCGAAACAAGACAGCAAUGGAGAUUGGAAAAUGAAUGAAAGGUCUUGUUUUGAGAGAGAUUCAGUUGCUUAGAAUUGUUUACCUACUUGAGUCAAGGCAAAAUUUGCUCGAGGCUUGGUGAUAUUAUGUACAUUGUAUGAUUUUUGUAUUCCGAAUUAAGAUUAUCAAUAAAAAUUCCAUAUUCUUCAUUCA